GUCAAAGAUGUGUAGUCGCUAUUUUUUGUUUUUGUUCUUUUUGUAUGAAAACUGAUGAAAUAUUUGUAAUGAAAGCAUUUAAUAUAAUUCAUUAAAUGUAAUGAAUCUUUUGUGCCUAUCUAAUUGUGAAGUACAAGAUGACCGAAGUCAGUGUUGUAAAUUGCAAAACGGAUGAGAAAGAAAUUUUGGUACAAGAACAUGUACAACUGGGUGUUAAGUUGGAGACUGAGGUGAUCGUAAAACAAGAAGUAGUGGAAUGCCUCGUAUGUCUAGGUCGGAGCGGUGAACACUGCGACCUGAGCACGGCUAACACCAGUUCCGGGACGUCAUUGCAGGACUUCCUGUGUAAAUUCACAAACUCUGAUUUGUCCAAGUCGACGGUCAGUUCCAAAUUUGUAUGCAAAACGUGCCUCAAUCUAGUUAAUGUCCUAGAACAAGCAGAAAUAGAGUAUAUUAAGCUAAAAGAGGAAUUCAAAUCUAUCAUUAAUAAGAACCCACUGUUUGAAAGUUCUUUACAAGAUGAUGUCAGUCUUGAAUCCAUUAAAAACGAGUGUCUGGAGUCAGUCGCCGAAAAUGACAAUGACUCUGAAGACGAACCUCUGGCUCUCACUAAGAAGAAGAGGCAUCGGAAGGUUGACAAGAGGAAAAAAAAAUCAAUGACCGAUGUUAAACAUAAAGUUGUCUCCAAGGAAAAUGAAGGGUGGGAGUGUGGUGAGUGUUCAGCCCAGGGUUCCUCGGGGGGUCCACUGGCAGGGGCCACACACGUACUGCUCGCGCACACACUCACCUCCACCGUCGACCAACUGAAGAAGGAGGAGUCAUCGGAUAGAUCACAGAGUCCAAACUUCACGGAAUUGGACACGAAGUUCAACAUCAAGGUCGAGGGCUUCGAAGACGACGACAACAGUUCCAACUACGCUCCCGACGACUCGCAGGGCAGGAAGAGACUGCGGACCCGCGGCAAGAGAAAACACAACAAGGACACCGGACACAAAGAGAAAGAUCCGAAAGUGGUGCACCACUGUGACCAGUGCGACGCUAAGUACACGUCGCUCGUGCGUCUGGAACACCACAAGCGGAAGCACGACGACUCCAAGCCGCCUUACAUCUGCGAGGUGUGCGGCGCCCACUACAAGCACAAGAGAGCCUGCGACAUACACGUCGCCAUGCACAAGGGGAUCAGCGACUGGAAGUGCGAGGAGUGCAACAAACUGUUCCCGUCCAAGGGAGCCCUGCAGAGACACAACAACAUCCACACCGGCAAGCUCAACUACCAGUGCGACCUGUGCGGCAAGUCCUUCAUCCACACGUCGUCCUUCAAGAUGCACAAGCUGUCCCACUCCGGCGUGAAGCCGCACUCGUGCGAGGUGUGCGGCCUGGCGCUCAUGACCCGCUCCCACCUCAAGCGGCACGCGCGCGUCCACUCCGGGGAGAAGCGCCACGAGUGUCCGGUGUGCGGGAAGCGCUUCUCCGAGCGCUACAACCUGGUGGCGCACGCCCGCUCGCACGCGGAGGGCGGCGCGGCGCCGGGGGCGGGCGCGGCCGCGGUGGCCGGCGCUCGGCGCAGGCUAUUCCGCUGCUCCUUCUGCCCGGAGAGGUUCGAGCGGCGCUACAUGCUGGAGAGACAUGCGGGCGCCGCCCACGGCCGCGCGCUCGAACGUCCCCCGCCCACGCCGCGGAACACCAUGAGCAAGCUACUCAAGGCGCAGGCUCAGAGACGGGAACACGCACCCACGAGCACGGACGACCACGGGAAGCCGAGCCGCGGUAACGAGUCCAGACCCUCCGCCAAGCAACUGUCACAGAUCUCCAGCCCGGGCGAGGUGGGCGGUUCGUGGACGGGCGCGUACGUCGCGGAGUUCGGUCUGCGCGCGGACUACACCCACUAGCCGCAGCUCUCCUCCACCGCCACCCCGUGACCAAACCGAUUCUAAAGAUCCUCCGUACACCCGAGCUGCUCGAUGAGGCUCGUAGCAUUAGUAAGAUCGUUACUGUGUAAGGUUUAGUAGUAACGAGCGACAUAUUUAAUGUUUUGUUUUUUCUUUAUAUUUUAUGGUAAGGUCCGUAACUCCUUAGUACUUCGUCCUCGUCAUCGCGCCGGUGUAGGGCCGGCGACUGUUAUUAAUAUAUUUUUCUACCGUCAUACUUCUAUACUACAGUGUACAGAAUUUAUAUAGAACACACGAGUCGAGUACAGCUGUGUACUGUUAACGAAGUCGCCUCUAGCGCGGUGGUGUCCGCGUCUGAUUCAGACCGCACGUUGUAACGACAAUAUUCCGUAAGGAUGUGUAAUAUGUAACUGAUGAUUUAACAUUAAAGAAAUUUAAAAACGA